GAAAGGGAAACCCCCCUCGAAGCAGGAAACUACAACGAGUCGUAAUUUUCGCGAAAGUUGCGCGUUUGUGUCGGGAAUAUUAGAUGUUUAGUGUAAACGGUGGCGUUAAGAGUUGGAUUUGUCAGGGGCGCCAAAUUGGCCGAACAAUAUUCGUAGAACGCUCGCCUUCAGGAGAGGCAAAAGCUAGGAGCAACAGCAGCUUUCACAUUCCCGAGAAGGCCACCAACGCGAGGCAGCACGAUGAAUUCGUUUCUCCGUGGGUCUAUGAACUAUGUCUGGUGCACGACCAGCGUGCUGGGUAAGGGUGCCACCGGGGCCGUUUUUCAGGGUGUGAAUAAGCACAACGGUGAGCCGGUGGCCGUGAAAACGUUCAAUCAGCUGAGUCACAUGCGACCACCGGAUGUGCAGAUGCGGGAGUUCGAGGUGCUGCGGAAGGUGAAACACAACAACAUCGUGAAGCUGCUCGACAUCGAGGACGAUCAGGAGGGGCGCGGCAAGGUGAUCGUCAUGGAGCUGUGCACGGGCGGUAGUUUGUUUAACAUUCUGGACGAUCCGGAAAACACGUACGGAUUACCGCAGCGUGAGUUCCUACUCGUGCUCGAGCACCUGUCGGCCGGUAUGAAGCACCUGCGCGAUAACAACCUGGUACACCGUGAUCUAAAGCCCGGUAACAUCAUGAAGUACAUCUCGGAGGAUGGCCAAACGAUCUACAAGCUGACGGACUUUGGAGCGGCCCGUGAGCUAGAGGAAAAUCAACAGUUUGUCUCGCUUUACGGCACCGAAGAGUACCUGCAUCCGGACAUGUACGAACGAGCGGUGCUACGUAAGUCGAUCAAUCGUAGUUUCACCGCCAACGUCGAUCUGUGGUCGAUCGGGGUAACGCUGUAUCACGUAGCAACGGGCAAUCUGCCCUUUCGACCCUACGGUGGUCGAAAGAACAAGGAAACGAUGCACCACAUCACAACGAAGAAGGCGCCGGGUGUCAUUUCCGGUACGCAGACGAGCGAAAAUGGACCGAUCGAAUGGUCCAAAACGCUACCGGCGCACUGUCAGCUGAAGGCAGGCCUCAAGUACCUGGUAACACCGCUGUUGGCCGGACUGCUCGAGGAAAGCCAAACGCGUAUGUGGUCGUUCGACAAGUUUUUCUUCGAGGUGCAGAACAUUCUUAACAAAACGGUCCUGCACAUCUUCUACGUGAACCGGGCUACCUCGAUCGAAGUGUACAUGGAACCGGAGCAAACGUACAUUCAUCUAAAGGAGCACAUCGUGGCGCAAACCGAGGUGCCACAUGCCUCGCAGCUCUUGCUGCUCGAUAAUGAGCUGUUCGAGAUCAAAGUGGGCCCGAAUACGAGUGCACGUGGCUAUCCUUCGACGGAAGCAACCAAUCCGGUGAUGCUGUUCAACACCGAGAACUACAACGUCAUUCUUCCGACCGAGUGGGAUUUGCCAAAGUUUCCCUCCUUCCCGAACGGCGUGUCCGUCGAGAACGAUGCGAGCCUGGCGAAGGUGGCCUGUAGUGUGGGGCAUGAGUGCAAGCGACGCAUCGAGAACUAUUCGCUACUCGAUGCCCUCAUGAACAAGGCAGUACUGCAAUCGUCCGGUUUUCUGAGCGGCUUGCUCGAGAAGCUGCUCAAACGAACGCACCACCUGGAGGAUAUUGAAAGACUGAUCUAUGAGCUGGCGAGAAUGUUCGAUGUAGCGGCCACAAAUCAUGAAACUUAUCAAAAAGCGGCCGCAUCAAUUCUGGCAGCGUAUAAGAAGAAGAAAACCGACUUCCAGGCCGUAUCGGAACCGAUCCAGCAGCUGCACACACGCUUCGUCGAGGAGGAAUCGUUGGUGCGCGAGUGGAACUCGGGCUACAGGGCGCUCCGUACGCCGAACAAAAACCGUGACAGUGAAAAAUCAAAAUCCCUCGUCGACCGGUUGCGCGACUCCUGGCAGCAUCUGCUGCGUGAUCGGGCAACCCGUUCGCUCACCUACAACGACGAACAAUUCCACGUGCUGGAGAAGGUGAAGAUCACCGAGACGGGCAAGCGGUUAAAGGCGCUGCUGAACGAUAGUGUCCGGCAAGCGAUCGAGCAGGAGGCCGAAUGUUUGGCCGAUUGGUACAAGAAAGCCCAAACCAUUUUUCUGCAAGCCAAAUUCCUCCACAACGAUGUCGGUGCCUACCUCGAUGGGUUCUACGAUUUGCGCGAUCAGUUGCUGCAGCAUCGGGAGGACCUAAAAGAGGACCUUAGUACGGAUGGGGAGGUAUCGUCCACGAUCGCAAGCAAACCGCUACCAGCGCCUAGCCCGGCACUGCCAUCGAAAGAUACGGCCGAUCAUACCACCACCGAAAAUGGGCAGAUGGCGCGCAAGAACCAGUACAGACUGUUAUGCUACACGAAUUUGUACUCCCAGUUAAGGAACACCAGCAGUAUGGUGCAGGAAAACAAUGAUCUACUUGAGGCAAUACAAGCACUGCUGAAAGAGGCUGGAGAAUGACAAGGGCGCGGAUUGAGUGUGGGAUGACGGAAGGACAACGACACUAGGCGAUGCGUUGCUCCUGUUCGUAAUGUGAUGUUCCAUGCAGUCUUCACUGAUGAUACUAGGCUUAAAUAGAACACUGACCAAACUAAGAUGACUGUAAAUAUCUCUCUCGUAUAGCGUUAUGCUUUAAAGAGUAUUGUGCGUUAGUAUUCGUUAUAUUUCCCGCAUUACUGCGGAAUGAGAUCAUGUAUUUUUUCACUCCUACACGGACACAAUAAACAAAGUAUAUUUCAACAAUAUGCAU